AUGGUACCUAUUAACGCUUUUCCAGGGCAAACCGAAGACAGGCACGAGGAAUUAGGGGCCCAAACUGACCAGGAUAGGCGCUCCGCCCUGACCGAUUUCCUUGCGCAGAUCCAGGAUGACUACUUGAACCGCCAGGCCGAGGCAGGCCGCCAGGCCGCCGAAGAAGCACAGCGCGAGUCGGCCGAGCCCAGUGCAGAACAGUCCGCAUCGCAUGGGUCUCCAUCCGAGCCCAACUCCCCAGAAGAUUUGAUCAAAAAGCGCAAACGACAGCAAGCGAUUGCAAGAAUUAAAAACAGCAAAGAAUUUGCCAAACGCAAGGCACGCCUCAGCGGGGAUUAUGACUCGGACUAUGACGAUGACUUCCUGGCAAACGAAAUCCACGAGGAACGUCAAAGGCCGCAACCGGGUCAGCUGGCGAACUGUGAGAUCUGCGAGAAGCGCUUCACCGUGACCCCCUACUGUAAAUCGGGCCCGGAUGGAGGUCUGCUCUGCCCCGACUGCUCGAAGAAACACAAAGCCGAGGAGAAGAAACUUCCGGCCAAGAAACGAGCCACGGGCAAUAUUCGUCGACGACAGAACCAGGCUAACUUGCUCGAUGGCCUGACCCCUCAUGGCACUCAGAGUCUGUUAGAGACAUGCAUUAAGAAAGUCGCGGAUUACAUCCAUGACGUCGAGGAUUUCGGUGAUCUGCCUCCUUCUGUACUGCUACGUCUGGGCCAGAUCUUGUCCCGGCGGCGAGCGGUCACCCCUAAGACUUUGGAUCUGUUCUUACGGCCCCAAUACAAAUCGAUAGAUCUGUUCGACUGUGCUAAGCUGGACACGAAAGACUACCACAAAAUUCUCGCAUCGAUGCCGAACCUCACCAGAGUCAACCUGCGGUUCACUACUCCGCUGAAGGAUGAAAUAUUGCAUUACAUGAUGGAUCGGGAUAUGCAAAUCCAAGACCUACAUCUGGACGGAUCAAACUUGGUCACCGAUGCUUGCUGGCGUCAGCUGUUCAUGAAACUUGGCACUCGACUUCAGAGCUUGAAGCUUUGGAAUCUGAACUCUGCUUUUGACGACGAAACCGCCCAGGUGAUGUGCAAUCAUUGUCCUAAUCUCCAGCGACUGAAGCUCAAGUUCCUCCACCGAACCGGCAAUGGAACAUUGGAGGCAAUUUCAACUCUCAAGGCUCUAGAGCAUUUAUCUUUGCAUUUCUUGAAAGAGACGGAGAUUGACGAAAAACAUCUUCUGACCAUCAUUACUAAUGCUGGUCCACGACUGAAGACCCUUUCUCUGGAGGAAUUUGAGAACGCCGACGACAGUCUCCUUCAACUCAUCCAUGAGAAGUGUCACUCUCUCAAAAAGCUUCGGCUCUCCAAGAACUGUACCGUCACUGACAAAGGUCUGGCCGCACUGUUCGCAGAUUGGCCCAACAAGGCACUCACCUUUGUGGACAUGAACUCCCUUCGAGACGUGGACAUGACCAAUCCAAAUGGCCCAGUGGAGCCUGUUGGGCUUGCGUCAGCCGGGUUCAUCGCAUUGAUGGAGCACUCGGGUGCGAAGAUUGAACACUUGAAUAUCGCCUCCUGCCGCCACAUUCCAUACCAGGCAUUCGAGCAGGUUUUCGCCGAGGGCAAAGUCUACCCCGAGCUGAAGUAUCUUGAUAUCUCGUUUAGUCCGGCAGUUGACGAUUACCUCACGAUGUGCAUCUUCCGAUGCUGUCCAGCCCUCCAAAGACUGAUUGUCUUUGCUUGUUUCAAGAUCCGCGACAUUCAUAUCCCAAGAGGGCUUGCUGUCAUUGGUACUGUGGGUGCCACGGUCAAAAUCGAUGGAAUUACUCAAACCGAGACUAUCUAA